AUGUCGUCUCCCUCUAUCCCCAAGACGCAGCACGCUAUCGUCUUCGACAAAAACGGCGGGCCCCUCGAGUACCGCGAGAUCGAGGUGCCCGAGCCCAAGCCCACGGAGCUGCUGAUCAACGUCAAGUACUCCGGCGUGUGCCACACGGACCUGCACGCGUGGAAGGGCGACUGGCCGCUGCCCACGAAACUGCCGCUCGUCGGCGGGCACGAGGGCGCAGGCGUCGUCGUUGCGAUGGGCGAGAACGUGCGCGGCUGGCAGGUCGGCGACCUCGCCGGCAUCAAGUGGCUCAACGGCUCGUGCAUGUCGUGCGAGGCGUGUGAGCAGGGCCACGAGUCCAACUGCCCUGACGCGGACCUGUCCGGCUACACGCACGACGGGUCGUUCCAGCAGUACGCCACGGCGGACGCGGUGCAGGCCGCGCACAUCCCGGCCGGCACCGAUCUGGCGCAGGUCGCGCCGAUCCUGUGCGCGGGGAUCACCGUGUACAAGGCGCUCAAGUCCGCGAACCUGCGUGCGGGCAACUGGGUCGCGAUCUCCGGCGCGUGCGGCGGCCUGGGCUCGCUGGCCAUCCAGUACGCGCGCGCCAUGGGCUACCGCGUGCUCGGGAUCGACGGCGGCGACGAGAAGGAGGCGCUGUUCCGCAAGCUGGGCGGCGAGGUCUUCGUCGACUUCCGCAAGUCCAAGGACGUCGUCGCCGACGUCGUCAAGGCGACCGGCGGCGGCGCGCACGGCGUGAUCAACGUCUCCGUGUCGGAGGCCGCGAUCGAGAGCUCGACCGAGUACGUGCGCUCGAACGGCACCGUCGUGCUGGUCGGCCUGCCCGGCGGGGCCAAGUGCAAGUCCGACGUCUUCAAUCACGUGGUCAAGUCGGUGUCCAUCGUGGGCUCCUACGUCGGCAACCGCGCGGACACGCGCGAGGCGCUGGACUUCUUCGCGCGCGGCCUGGUGCAGUGCCCGAUCAAGGUUGUGGGCCUGUCCGAGCUGCCCGACAUCUACGGCAAGAUGGAGCGGGGCGAGGUCGCGGGGCGGUAUGUGGUGGACACGUCUAAGUAG